AUGCCCAUCGACCCGCAGGUCGAAGCCCUCUGCAAGACCUUUGGCAUUGAAGAGCGGAUCAUGCGUCGGCUUCAUGAUGUCAUGCUGACGCGAGAAGCCACGUUUGAUUCCGACAUCAAAGCCUUGUGGGAGGUUUGCGAAAAUGCAUCCAAGCCCUCGGGGUUCUUGAUGGUGAAAAUUGGUGAGAUGGAGAGAGGCUGCUUCACAGGAGCUGGCAAGCUUGACCAGGCCAUGCUGCAGUUUAGAAACCGCUGGCGGCUGGAUGACAGGGCCUUGGCAAAGUUUGUGGAGGUUGUUCAUCCCAGAGAUGAGAAGAUAGAGGAUAUGGCCCAGAUGGACAAGCUCCUCAAGGGGGCUGCAAACCCUUCCCAGGCCAUCCUGCCCAUGCUCAAUCACCUCAGGGCGAUGGGCAACCUUCAAGAGCUCAUCCGAGAGCAACGGAGUAGUGAACGAGAACGGGGUCGAAGCCGUGAACUCCGCUACAGUAGCAAGUCAAGGUGUGAUGCGGAAGGUGACCGCCGGGAGCCCAGGACCGAACCCGUGGUCCGCAGCUUGACGCGGCCGCCCGGCAGCUCCUGGAAGUACGAGGACUUCUGCGCACGAGCCGCUGAAGAGAUCAGAAAAUGCGGAGUGUACAUCUAUGAGGAGCCAAUGAUCAGGCCUCCUGGACCCUUUCGAGUGCAACGCCAUUUGCCAGCCGUUGGCGAAGUUCCUGGACUUCCGCUUGACCUCCAGGCCGCAGUUCACACACCCCGGCUACGUGCGGUGUCAUCCAGGAAUUCCUCCAGAUCUGACUGCCAUGGCAAAGUCUCAAGACCUUCUACCAGGGAAAGGAGACAAAGACCCCGGCCAUCUUCGCCUUGGAAGAGGUGCCACCUGACGGAGAUGGAGAUGGAGGGCAGCAAUUUCGCUUCUCGGAAGUCCAAAGCUUCAGAGGUUAGAAGUGCUCAGAUGCGCAGCUGGAAGCGCUGGAGAGCGCCUCCUAACCAGACAACGAUGCCAAAGGUGAUUUCCAUGAAGGGCCUUGAAGACACCCAAAUUGUACUGCAGAACAGGCAAGUGCUGCUGGAAGAGACCAAUGCAGGACUUAUGGGUGGCGCCCCCUUCCUGACUGAUCCCGCUGAGCGGGACUCAGCCUAA